UGUACACUUUAAGUACUAAUAUGUACCUUUAAGGUACCAAAAUGGACCCUUUAUUUUUGCUGAAUCGAAGAGUAGAAAGACUUCCUACAACCUAUAUUACUUGAAAGAAGACUGUAAAUUAACCAAUAAAAACAGGAAGAGGACAGCUAGCUGAGAGUGGCCCAAAAGGUCAUACAACUGCCUCAAAAGAAAAGAAAGAGAAGAAAGAAAACUCUGAGUACAGUGAGUACAGAUAUACCGAGGUCUGCAGUCAACUACCUUUAUGUUUUUUGGACAAAUUAAACUACAUUAUAAAGGCUAACUAUAGUGGAUAUCUGCAUAUUCAAAAGGACGACAACAACAACAACAAACUGCCAGCAACUGUCAGAAUAUUUUAACAAUGACAGAAUCAAUCCCCAUAACUUACCCAUACAAAGCUACAAAUGAGAUUUUAAAGAAAAAAACAUAGAAAAGCUCCUCAAGGACAGACCAGAAACACUGUACUCGGAUUUAUAGAAGAACGGAGAGGUCAGCAACAUCAUAUUUUAUACAGAAGACCCAGAAUCCUGGCACUCAGCGAUUAGACCCACAGUAAUCAGAAAGGGUGUCAGUAAUGGAUGGAAACUGCAGGUCAAAGAAGAGGACGAUUCAGAAUCAGAUGUCAUGAUAACAGCAAACCUAUACAAAAAUGGGACUGUUAUAAUUCAGGGCUAUCUGAAAAAAAUUGAAAAGGACUUCCUCCAAAUUAAAGGAAAAGCUCAGCUGAACAAGACCGGCCCUAAUACACUAAAACAGGCAGAAAACACCUCCAUCUCCAUCCAUCAAGCUACAAAUUAGCAAUCCAGGGAUGACAGUGAGGAGAUCUCCCUUACACAGCAUCAUCAGCGACAUGAAAGAGAAGUUCAGAGAGAUGGAGCUGGAACUGGUGCAGCUGAGAGAAGUGCAUGGAGCAGUGCAGAAGACUGAUCCAACACCGGUAGAAGAGGAUUACAGGAAAGAAAUAGCAAUGCUAAAGGAAGAAUUUCAGGAACUGAAAAAUCAGAAAGAGGAGUACAACAAACAACUGUCUGUAAUAAGAGAAGAAUUGAGAGAGCUAAGAGAAGACAGAAGGAAAACAAGUGAAAAUGGAAAACAACUGCCAGCUCUGAAGGAGCAGCUGACACAGACAGGAGAAGAACAGCAAAGUUUAGAGCAGACUCCUCCUCCAACAACCACAGCCAUCAACCCCGGCAGCGCUCCUCCACCUGACUCCAACAGUCAAACACAGCCCCAGAGCGUACUCCUGAUGGACUCGAAUGGCAAAUUUGUUGAUGAAAAGAAACUGUUCCCGAGAAGAAACGUCACAAAAAUAUGGUGCCCAAACACACAGAAGGCCCUGGAGCUCUUGUGUGAAGAGCAGCUGGCUUCCCCCAGCCAUAUUAUCAUCCACACCGGCACCAACGACCUGAGAGCCCAACAAGAGAGAGUAGAUACAGCUCUCGUUAAUGUAGCAGAGAAAGCAUCCUCCAACUUCCCCAACUCCAAAAUCAUCCUCUCCACCCUGCUGUUGUGCUCUGAUUUCCACCCAGACACCAUCAGGCAUAUAAAUGCAAGAGUGGCUAGAGACUGUGCCCUGAAGCCCAAUGUUUACCUGGCUCAACACCCCACCCUGAAUCUCAACAGCCUUUACGACCAUGUCGUUUUUAUUUUUGCCAAGACCCUAAAGGACACCACAGCUCCAGCGCACUGCAGCAACCCCGUGGACACCCCAUAGAGCCACUACAGAGACACCCUUCAAAUCACCUCAGAAACAUCCAGCACAUGCUGACUCUGCUGUGCUCUCACUUAAUGGGUUUUGAAAGCAUGGGUCGACUGCUCCAAAGCAAGUUGGAACAUCUUGUCUGGACCCUACAGAACAUACUGCAGCCCAUGUCUUGCUGUUUUAUUCACCUCUGGUUUUUUUCUGGUUUUAAGUGUGCUAAACACUUAACAUUGUAACAGUAUUCUCCAAUUGUUGAGUUGAGAUGAAAAGAAUUGCUAAAAUAACUUUUAUGUUUUCCUGUUAUAUGAAAUCU